UAAUAGUGAGAGCACUGAUUAAGUUCUUCUCUCACUUCGGAUUUCCAAGAGAAGUUCAAUCGGAUCAAGGGUCGAAUUUUACUUCAAAAUUUUUCCGUGAAGCCUUGGCUCAGUUAGGGGUCAAGAUGGUUUACGCGACGGCCUAUCGACCCCAAUCACAAGGCAUGGUGGAAAGGUUCCAUCAAACUUUGAAGAUUAUGAUGAGGUCCUAUUGUUUACAGUAUUCCAAAGAUUGGGAUGAAGGUAUUCCACUUCUCUUGUUUGCCCUAAGAGAAAGCGAACAAGACAACUUGAAGUUUUCGCCAUUUGAGUUAAUAUAUGGGCAUCAAAUUAGAGGACCAGUACAGGUUCUCAAAGAAGCUUGGACCGGGGAAGAAACGCCAACUUUUAGGAGUUCUCCUACCUUAAUGAAAGAACGUCUGAGCCCAGCUAGAGAAUUGGCCGCCGAAAACUUACGACAAGCACAGAGUAAGAUGAAGGAGGAAUACGAUCGUCGAACUAUACUUCGUUCAUUUGAACCAAAAGAUCAAGUUCUGGUUCAACGAUUUCAUCAGGGACAUGCUCUACAGCCCAAAUUUGAAGGUCCUUUAGAAAUCGUGAAGCGCCUAAGUGACGUGAACUACUUGGUAAGGACGCCGAAGAAGAGGAACUCACAACGGACGUAUCACGUUAACCAACUUAAAACCUAUUCAGGAAUCGUUUCACCAGUUUCUACUGUAGUGGAAGUUUUAGCACACAAAGAACUGCCAUUCAACUAUUACAACUACACUAUAAAGUCCACAGAAAUCGGUAGUCUGGCUAAGUUUACAGAAAAGUAA